UUUCUGACUCGAGGAAAAAGAAAACGACAUUGAAGGAAGGUAUCCUCGAAAGAUCUUCUUUGGUCGAAGUCACUUCGUCGUUUCAUCAAGAUAUCUCGAACGAUUGCUGGUAAUUGACUAAUUCGUCGAUCAUCGGAGAAGAUUUGCGUGUGCGCGAUCUACGGGUACACCGUUGUAAACGAAAGUGUCACAGCACUGUGUGUUCCGUGUACGUGAUUUGAGCCUCAGCUUGGUUCCAUUUAUGUAGUGCGAACAAAUUCGUCAAUUUGAAACAUAAAUCGCAUCGAAUUCAAGGAAAUACUAUUAUUAUACGUUCGUUCGAGAAAGUGCUGCAUGGAACAUCUGUGGUUCUGGGAAAAGUGCUAAAAUCUCUUCCUCGAACAGAAAAGGGGAGUGUGAAAAAAACCAACGAUCUUCGCAGAGUCGUGUGUCUGGUGUGUGUACCAACCGGAGCUGUCAUAAAUGUACACAUUCUAUAUAGAUUGCACAAUCUAUGCUCUGUUAGUGGGCCGAUUUACUGGAGACAAGUGAUCGUGUCUGACGCGCGGCAGUGAAUUGACAUUAAUCAUCGUCGCGCGGUGUUGUGCACCCAUCGACCUAAACGUCUAAAGAGCUAGUGCCGCAUUUCUAUCCAACGGCGAACUUCCUCACCCAGCAGGUAAUCAUGGCUAAUCGGGGUACAGCCCAGAGGCCAAAUGGUUCGACGCAAGGAAAGAUUUGCCAGUUCAAAUUAGUAUUGCUCGGAGAAUCCGCGGUUGGUAAAUCAAGCCUUGUGUUGAGGUUUGUGAAAGGACAGUUUCACGAGUACCAAGAGAGUACUAUCGGAGCUGCAUUUUUAACACAAACAGUAUGUCUGGAUGAUACAACUGUAAAAUUUGAGAUUUGGGAUACAGCAGGCCAAGAACGUUAUCAUAGUCUUGCGCCAAUGUAUUAUCGAGGUGCACAGGCAGCCAUUGUUGUGUAUGACAUAACAAACCAGGACACAUUUGUACGUGCCCAAACGUGGGUGAAGGAAUUGCAACGACAAGCCAGUCCGAGCAUAGUUAUAGCAUUAGCUGGAAAUAAAGCAGACCUUUCAAAUAAGAGAGUUGUAGAAUUUGAUGAAGCUCAAACAUAUGCAGAUGAAAAUGGCCUUCUUUUCAUGGAAACUUCAGCCAAAACAGCGAUGAAUGUUAACGAUAUAUUCCUAGCGAUAGCUAAGAAACUUCCAAAAAAUGAACAAUCAGGAAGUGUAAGUACGAGUGGUCAAGGUCGUCGAUUAGUUGAGACAGAAGGACAAAAGGCAGCAACUGGCAAUUGUUGCAAGUGAUUAUCCAAAUCUAUAUGUACCAUAAUCCAAAAAUAUAAGUACACCAUGAAUGUGUCCGCAUUGAAUUUGAAUGGAACGUAAAACGAUGGAAAAAUGCCACUAUUAUGGAAUGGGAGGUGAACUAUGCAGGACGAACAUUUUUGCCUGAGUGAUUAAUUUAGAAAAAUGCGUGUAUCACGUUUCAUUCGAAGAUAUAUCAUCUAUUUUGAGUAUCAGAUCUAUCGAAAAAAGGAAGAGAGAGAGAGAGAGAGAGAACGAGCGAGAGA